AAUGCAAAAUCUCAAAAUCUAUACAAGAGAGGAGUAAUAAUAAUUUUAACCUAUUUUUCCUUAACAAAACUUAAAGCAUUGGGUUCUUUGUUUCUUCUUUCUUUUUUUUUUUGAAAAAUCACUCAGAUUAUUUAAUCAAUUAGCGCCGGUCCAUUUGUUUAUUUUCAUGCUUGCUAAAAAAGAAGUGAAUUUUACUUUACUAGACCAGAUCCGGUGAUGUUCGUUGCCCUCUCUGUAUAUUUUACAUCUCCGUCUCUUGGUUCGUACGUAUCAAUCGAUUCUUCUUUGGAUUUUCUAAAAGAUUGAACUUUCGAAAUCUUCUUUUUUUUUUUUGGAAAAUUUUCUAGGGUUCCUAAGAGGCCGGAGCUUUUUUUCUUUUUUUGGGGGGGGGGUGGAUGAUGGAAGGUGUAAGGUGGUGAGUUAGGGGUUUAUAUUGUUUUCGUGGAGGGUUUGGUCCAUGAGGAUUUAAUACUGCCUCUGGUUUAUCGACGACGAAGAAGACAACCAUGAAGGGAGGGUUUUUGGCAAAUGCUGACGACAUUGAGGAGAAUAUUGUAAAUGACGGCGACGAAUAAGCUCCCGCCAGUGUCACCGUCGCCCCAGAUCGAUUUGCAUUCUCCGUAAACAGAACACUUAACAGUCGACGACAGAGACACGAGACAUUCCUGUUGUUUGAAGAAAUGUCCGCCGCCAUGAGGUGCGGUGGCAAUUGGGUUGAUGCUAAGUCGCUCCCAUUGGUUGGCUGCUCGCGUCCUUCCCAGGGUGAGACUAGCGCCUCCGCUUCAACUGCCGUUGAAGAUUCUGACUACCAUGAUUCGCACCAUAAACGAGCCAAAGUCUACACUGUUUAUCAGUGAGUUAACUGGACAAAUGUAGGCAAAAUUAGUUAAGAAAUUAAUUUGUUGCGGUAUUCUGCAAAGUUUUUCACUGCAGUGAGAGCACUUCUUACUCAUUAGUACCGAGAGAGUAUAAUAAUAACCAAUGCUCAUCGAUUUCAUCCAAUAAAGGGGUAUUUUAUCACAAUUUCAUGUUGAAUAGUGGGAGUGAUGGGCAUCGUUUUGAUGGUAAUGGUGGGAAAGAUGAGGAAAAUGAGGGUGAUUUGAGAGCUGAAGAUUCUGAAAUUCGAAUGGAUCUGACCGACGAUUUAUUGCAUAUGGUGUUCUCGUUCUUGGAUCAUCGGAAUCUUUGCAACUCAGCCAUGGUUUGUAGGCAGUGGCGAUCUGCUAGUGCUCAUGAGGAUUUUUGGAGGUGUUUGAACUUUGAAAACCGGAGUAGAUCUCUUGAAAAAUUUGAGGACAUGUGUCAACGAUAUCCUAGUGCCACUGAAGUGAAUCUGAGUGGAACUCCAAUUAUCCACCUUCUUGUUAUGAAAGCUGUCUAUUCGUUACGAAAUCUGGAGGCUUUAACAUUGGGAAAAGGCCAACUAGGUGAUGCUUUUUUCCAUGCGUUGACCGAGUGUAGUAUGUUGAGGAGUUUGGAUGUGAAUGAUGCUAUUCUUGAUGAUGGUGUUCAAGAGGUACUUAUUAACCAUGAUCGAUUAUGUGAUCUGAAAUUAACUAAAUGCCGUGUGAUGCGUAUAUCCAUCAGGUGCCCACUACUAAAAAGUUUGUCUUUGAAACGCAGUAAUAUGGCACAGGCAGCCCUUAAUUGUCCUCUUUUAAAUCUGCUUGAUAUAAGUGCUUGCCACAAACUUACAGAUGUAGCAAUCCGUUUGGUAGUGACCUCUUGCCCCCAAUUAGAGUCUUUAGACAUGUUAAAUUGUUCUUGUGUUAGCGAUGAACCAUUGCGGGAAAUAGCUCUCACUUGCUCUAAUCCUCAUGUUCUGAAUUCGUCAUAUUGUCCUAACAUAUCACUUGAGUCUGUAAGACUACCGAUGUUGAAGGUUCUUAAGCUUGACAACUGCGAGGGUAUCACUUUGGCUUCAAUGGCUGCAAUAGCUUAUAGUUAUAUGUUGGAGGAGUUGGAGCUUGAUAAUUGCCACAUGUUGACAUCAGUGUCAUUGGAUCUUCCUCGUUUGCAGAAAAUUCGACUGGUUCAUUGUCGAAAAUUUGCUGACUUGAAUUUUCAAAGUUCCACGCUGUCAUCCAUAACAGUGUCCAAUUGUGUCGCACUCCGUUGCAUUAGCAUCAGUUCAAAUGCACUUCAAAAAUUAGCACUGAAGACGGAAAAUUUGACAAUAUUGGCACUGCGGUGUCAAGGCUUGCAAGAUGUAGACCUCACAGAUUGUGCAUCUUUGACAAAUUCUAUUUGCAAUGUCUUUAGUGAUGGUGGUGGAUGCCCUAUGUUAAAAUCAUUGGUUCUGGAUAAUUGUGAGAGCUUGACAGCAUUGCAGUUCUCCAGUACAUCUUUAGUCAGUCUUUCGCUGGUUGGUUGUCGUGAUAUUUCUACUCUUGAUCUUGCAUGUCCUUGUCUUGAGAGGAUUUUCUUAGAUGGUUGUGAUCAUCUGGAAAGAGCAUCAUUUUGUCCUGUGGCUCUCCGGUCACUUAAUCUUGGAAUAUGCCCCUAAUUGAACACCCUCAGAAUCAAUGCUCCAGAUCUGGUGUCACUUGAGCUCAAAGGAUGUGGUGUCUUAUCUGACGCAACCAUAAACUGUCCUCUACUAAUCUUGGAUGCUUCCUUUUGCAGCCAGCUUAAGGAUGAUUGCUUAUCUGCAACAACUGCUUCCUGCUCUCUGAUCAAGUCAUUAAUAUUGAUGUCUUCCCCGUCUAUUGGUUCUGACGGUCUUUACUCUCUGUGCUGGCUUCCAAAUUUAACAACACUUGAUUUUUCGUAUACCUUUUUGAUAAAUUUGCAGCCAGUUUUUGACACUUGUUUUCAUCUUAAGGUGCUAAAGUUGCAAGCUUGCAAAUAUCUCUCUGACUCAUCAUUGGAACCUCUUUACAAGGAAGGUGCUUUGCGAGAACUCCAGGAUUUGGAUUUGUCAUAUGGUACCCUCUGCCAAUCUGCCAUAGAGGAGCUUCUUGCAUAUUGCACACACCUUACUCAUUUGAGCUUGAAUGGAUGUAUAAAUAUGCAUGACUUGAAUUGGGGUUCUGUUGAUAGCCGAUUCGAGUUUCUUAGUGUACAUAAUGGAUCUACUAUGUUUUAUUUUGAGAACAUCAAUGAGCCAGUCAAGCAAGGGAACCGUUUACUGCAGAACCUGAACUGCGUAGGUUGUCCUAAUAUUAGGGAAGUGGUCAUCCCACCAGCAGCACGUUGUUUCCACAUGUCAUCCCUAAAUCUUUCUUUGUCAACCAAUUUAAAGGAAGUUAAUCUUGUUUGUUUCAGUUUGUCCUUUCUUAAUCUAAGCAAUUGUUGCUCUUUGGAAGUUUUGAAGCUAAGGUGUCCUAGACUGACUAGUCUCUUUCUUCAGUCUUGCAACAUUGAGGAAGAAGCAGUUGAAAGUGCUAUAUCACAGUGUAGCAUGCUGGAGACUCUGGAUGUUCGCUUUUGUCCGAAGAUUUGCUCAACGAGCAUGGGGAGGUUACGUGCAGUUUGUCCCAGUUUGAAGCGUAUUUUUAGUAGCUUGUCACCUGCAUGAUGUGAAUGUGAUGAAAGAAGUUUUAUUUCCCUUGGCAAGUGGAUAUCACCUCAAGUUAUUGGCAGCAACAACGGCAUGAAGGAAUUACAACGGGGGAAGGUUGGGAGCUGUCCCCACGGAAUUCCUAAACUACAUUGGGUUUGUAACAAGUUGUUGAGUAAAGUUUUGCUCCCCCCACAACAAAAGGAGUUAAUUAACUUCGUUAUUUUUUAUUGUGUUAUUUAACAUAAAAGAAGGCAAAAUAGUAGGCUAUGACUUGGCUCUGAAGCAACUGCAAAAAAUGGCAGUAUCAUUAUUGCUUGGGUCAACAAGAAUAAUAAUUUAACGUACAGAGAGUUAAGUAGAGACCCAACCGAUGGCAUUUUAUCCACAGGAAAACUGAAAACGGUCUUAUCCGUCAGUAUAUGCGUUUUAAAAUUCACAAA